CAGCAGCUCCGCUAAACUUAAACAUAGAUCGUCACUGUAGCAGCAACCGGUAAACUUGAGAGCAUUUCAAGUGUUUACAGUAACUCCGGGGGAAAUUACCCGACUUUCUUUAGCUUAAGCGAUUGAUCAACACCGGAUAUAUGCUACUCUAAAUCAUCAGAAUGACAAGUGAAAGGGAGGCGGUUUCUGGAUCUUGACAUCUUGGGAUAUAACGUUAGCUAACUUAGCUUACAAAAAAAACACACGUUAGCUUAAUGCUAGUUGUUAGUUUACUGCUUCUCUUUGUCCGGUAAUAUCGUACCAGUUAACCAAUGCGGUUAUCAACAGGUUAGCAUCGACAUCAUACCAAGCUAACAGCCACGAACUCAAAUUUAUGCUUGUAAGCUAUUUAACGUGGCUCACAUAUCUGAAUCAACUUUCGCUGACGACAAUUAAAGCACCUGAACGCCCCAAAUAAAGACUGGGCAUUAGCUUAACACAACCUAAAUCAAGGACCUGAAUGGCCUCCGUUGUUGCAGUGAAAACUGAGAAGCGACCUGCAGCUGAUUCUCAGGAUGCAGACUCAAAUGCAAAAAAGCCCAGGAAACUGCUGCCCAGCCUGAAGACCAAGCGGGCCCCAGAGCUUGUCCUGGUGAUUGGCACAGGGGUGAGCUCUGCAGUGGCCCCUCAGGUUCCUGCUCUCCGGUCCUGGAAAGGCCUCAUCCAGGCCCUGCUCGAUGCAGCUAACGACUUUGACCUACUGGAGGAGGAGGAGAGCCGGCGCUUCCAGAAGCACAUGCAGGAAGAUAAGAAUUUGGUCCACGUGGCUCAUGACCUCAUCCAGAAACUCUCUCCGAGAACCGGGAAUGUACGAUCCACGUUCUUCAAGGACUGUCUGUACGAGGUGUUUGACGACUUGGAGUGUAAGAUGGAGCACGCUGGGAAGCAUCUGCUGCGCUCGGUGCUGCAGCUGAUGGAGAGCGGGGCGCUGGUGCUCACCACUAACUUCGACAACCUGCUGGAGAUCUACGCCGCUCACCAGGGUACGAAGCUGGAGUCUCUGGACCUGACAGACGAGAAGAAGGUAUUGGAGUGGGCUCAGGAGAAACGGCGGUUAAGUGUUCUGCACAUCCACGGCGUCUACACCAACCCCAGUGGUAUCGUGCUGCACCCUGCAGGCUACCAGAAUGUACUGAGGAACACUGAAGUGAUGCGUGAGAUCCAGAAGCUGUAUGAGACCAAAUCCUUUGUGUUUCUCGGCUGCGGGCGCACAGUGGACGACACCACCUUCCAGGCUCUGUUCCUGGAGGCCGUGAAACACAAGUCGGACCUCGAACACUUCAUGCUCGUACGACGAGAGGACGUGGGCGAGUUCAAGAAGCUGCGUGACAACAUGCUCGACAAGGGCAUCAAGGUCAUCUCCUAUGGAGACGAGUAUGCCGACCUGCCCGAGUACUUUGAGAGGCUGGCCAACGAGAUCUGCAACCGCGACGUGGCUACCAACGGCUGGGGGUCUCCUUCACAAAAUGGGGAAGAACAGCAGAACGGAUUUAACGGCACACAGAAAAGCCUCCUUCAAGACCUUCAUUCUUGACAGGCACACAGUCGGGAUCAGUAUCAGUCAUUUUCCUCCACAGCUCCGUCAUGACAUCAGGCUACUUUUGGUAGCACAAGUCUGAUUUCAAUCAAUGGAUUUAAGAAUCUGGGAAAACUAUGGACCACGGGAGACCUAUAAAACUGUUGUCUCACAGGUGUCUGUGAUUUUCUUUAUUAUUAUCUUUGGUUUAAAAAGGGAAAAGGAGAAGUGUAAAGUAACUGCCAAUACUCAACCUCUGUUGAACUGAACUGUUAUGACUUGUUGCUCAACAUUUGGAGAGCUGCAGUAAAAAGCAACUUUAAAAAAAUGGUGAUGAAAUGUGCUGUUCUGUAUUCGAAAUGGGACAAAUCCUAGAUCCACUGACAGACGUUCACGUCGCUGCAUCCAUUGGAUUGCAAAUAUGCAAAAACAAUCUGUAAUGCAUUAACCUAACCGUCCUGUAAGAGGACUUUAACGCACAUCACAAGCUCUUAACCAAUGGCAAUGCUGGGUUGAUGUACUAAGUAUUGUUUCUGUGGUGACCCUGAAACCAGUCAAACUUGACUUGCACACUGCUGGAUGGGUGGAAAUAAUUAUCACAAUGAUGGAAGGCUUACUUGCAAACACAUUUUUAUAAUCCUAUUAAAAAUAAAAGUCUUCAUAGCAGAGAGGCUCCCAGCCUGUAGCAGUCACUUUGCCACUCCUGUGCUGAAUAUGUUCUUUGUAAGCCUUUUUUGUAAUUUUUAAUACUUGCAUGUAUUUUCUGACAUAGUAUUUAUAAGUACUAUUUUCAAAAUAAAGCUUUUGGUAUCCCA